GACGAGGAUGGACAGCCUGGGCAAGGGGACGGUCUCAGGACCGGGGUUGGGCUUCGACGUUGCUCAGCUAGCGGGUGUCCGACGAAUAGCACACAGCAAUGGGGCGCGCCAAAUAUACCUUGGAUGUCUGUGGCCAGGGUCCACGUCUUCCAGCAGCCCAGGGAGUAACGGGGCGGGCCUGGGCCUGGCCAUGAAGAAGCUGGAAAGUGACGCGAAAUAUAAGACGGCCGUGCCUGCGCUGCCGUUCAAGUUCGACAGCUCCGAAUCCUUUGACUUCCCGUUCGCAACAACCGACGACGUCACGGUUAUAAUCACAUGUCUUAUCCUAUUCCAACCAUGGCUUCCAGUCCCCACCCUUCACCACCAGCGUGGAUCGAGGGGCACGAGGCCUCCUCACAUCUCCUCCCCGCACAAGGGAACCCCCAUGGCUAUCCCUCCCAAUGGCAGCAACAAGUCCACUCCGACACCGAUACAGAUGUCCACCGCCCCGACUACUAUUCUUCUUGCGUCCCCGCCAGUCCACCUUACAAGUCGACAUUUCUCCAGAAAGUUUGUGCAACAUGGACCUUCGAAUUAUUCGGCCUGCUGGUUUCAGCCGCCGGCUUAGGUGCGAUGGUGUACGUCCUUUUGCGGUAUGACGGUCAGAGAAUUCCUGAUUGGGGGUCACUGUCAUUCAAUACGCUCAUCUCCAUCCUGGCCGUUGUGGGGAAGAUGGCUGCGCUCUAUGGCGCAACUAGUGCCGUUUCACAGUUGAAAUGGAUCUGGUUGACCGAGCAUGGCAAGAAUUUGAUCGAUUACAAGACUUUUGACAGCGGGAGCCGGGGGGUGAGCGGCGCCAUGAUGCUAGCUUGGUCUCUCAAGGGGCGGAGCAUCGCGGUUCUCGGAGCACUGGCCAUCAUUAUUGGUGCCGCCGCUGGCCCUUUCGCCCAGCAGAUCGUGCAUUUCUACGACCAUGAAUACGAAGAUGUCGGCCGAACCGCGUGGUUAGCCAAAGCCGACAUUCUCGACUCGCUUGGUCCCAAAAUGGACUCAUCGACCUGGACCCUCGACCCCAUAUUCAAGGCCAACGCCAUCACGGCCUUGUUUCUCCCUACCCAAGAAGUCCUCACGCAGCCACGUUUCAACUGCCCUACAGGUAACUGCACCUGGGCGCCAUUUUCAACCCUCGGCUUCUGUUCUACCUGCGUCGACCUCUCGAGCCAGCUAAAACGGACAUGCAAGACUGUCAGCAGCUCCGACAACACAACCACGGCGCAAACCUGCACCGUCGCCUUCCCGGGCGAAAGGGAACCCCUGAGCCUCUGGUACGUGGCCGACCCUGAUUUUGACGGUGCAUCCGAAUAUAUGGUACUCAACUCUACCUUGGCCGCCAAUUCCACCGCCCUCACCAACAUAACCUGGCCAUCAACAAUUUACCAGUCCAUCCGCGCCGUCGUGCCCACCGACGAGCUGGGCGGCACCCGAAAUCCUUACCUCGAAGCCGACGGAACAAUGGCCAACAACGGAAUCCACAUACUUAAGAAUGAUACCCGCUUCAUCGCCUCCGAAUGCGCCAUCACCUCCUGCGUGCGGCGCAUCCAAGCCUCCGUCACCCGCGGCAUCUACUCCGAAACCAUCCUCGACACCACCACCCAGCUCCGCGACCCCUACACCCCCCCCAAUCCCAUCACCAUCACCCCACCCUGGUCCCCGAACACCAACUUCACCAUCCACCCAGAAUGGCUCGAAUCCCUCCCCCUCACCCACCCCGACCCGCUCGGCGGCCAGCUCCAGGGCCGCGUGCACACCGACGACAGCAACCAGGCGAUCCGCGUGGUCGACCUCCCUGCCUCUGGCGCCGCCUCGCGCGCCAACGAUGCCCUGCAGGCCGUCUUCUACGCCGACUUCCACAACACCAACGGUAGCAGCAGCAGCAGCAGCGGCAGCACCUGUCCGACGCCCGACGACAACGUCGCGUGCGCUUUCCGCGCGCUGGGUGCCGCGCUGACCAAGUCGGUGCGGGAUCUGGCGGUGUUGAGGAAUGGGACGGGGGUGCCGUAUGUGGCGGAGGGGAGGGUGAUGGUGGUGGGGACGUUUAUACGGGUGGAGUGGGCGUGGAUGGCGCUGCCGGUGGCGGUGUGGGUGUUGAGUUUGGUGACGGUGCUGGUGGCGAUGGGGGAGUCGAGGGGGGUGCCGCUGUGGCGCGAUUCGGCGCUGCCGUUGGUGCUGUUGUAUGGGGAGCAGGCGGAGAUGGCGGGGAGGGGGGUGGAUGAGGCGGCGUUGAGUGCGAGGGCGGAGACGGUGAAGGUGCAUCUGGUUGGUGAUGAGGGGAGUGGGUUGAGGAUUUUGACGAAGAGUCAGGGGUAACGCUCUCCUGAGUCCCCCCUCCCCCUUUUGUUUUUGUUUUGUGUAUUGGCAAAGCGGUUCUGGCUCUGAUUGGCGGAUAAUUUCUGG